CAUACGAUUACGCAAAGAAAUACUAUCUCAUGUGCGGUGGUGUCGGCUGUUCAGCAAACUCUUUGCCCUCACUAUUGAUCGAUGCGUCCAAACACUCGAACGUGUCUUAUAUCUCGAAUACUGCUCCUAACAGUUGGGUCGACGACUAUAACAGUUGGGGAGAUAAUAGCACCCGAUGUUGUCGACUGCAUAAUAGCAAUGUCUCUGAUUUUUGUGAAUCAACAAACAGUAACCCUGAUUGUACUCAUUGUCAAAUAUACAACACCACGUAUUCCAUUGUGAAGACCGAAGAGUUUUACGAACCAUAUCUCAAGUAUUUCUUAAGUGACUUACCAAACGCCCAGUGCUCUAAAGCUGGUGGGCCGUCGUAUGGACCAUACGUUCAUUUGGAUUAUAGUCACGACACAAAACUUCCCAUAAAAGCCUCGUCUUUCAAUACAUACCAUACGGUGCUUAAGAACUCUCAUGACUUCAUAUCUGCCCUCAAAAACGCCAGAAUAUUAGCCGAUAGUAUGACUGAAGGUAUCAAUAGUGAUAAUAAGGGGGAUGACCCUCGAGUGGAGGUCUACCCCUACUCUAUAUUCUACGUAUUCUACGAGCAAUACCUGACCAUCUGGAAGGACACUGUUGUCAAUUUGGUGAUUGCAUUGUCGGCUAUAUUUGUGGUGACCUUCAUAUUC